CGCCGUACCAGGGUUGCGAGCCCCCCCCCCCCGCCCCGACUACCACAUCCCAUUCUCGCUGCCCCGUUCUAGUCGCCCGCUCGGGCCAACCGCCGCCUCCGCCGCGGAAGGGCGGGAUCGGCGGCUCCCAGAUUCGUACCGGGCCACACCAGUCCCCGCGUCAGCGCCGGCGCGGCAUCCGCUUCACCAAUCCCGGCGGAACCCCGUCCUGGAGGGCGCGAUUCGCGACGAGGAUGGCUCUGUAGGGCGCGCUCGCUAGGGUUUUCGCGCGCCCGGUGCCAUGGACGCCGCGGAGCCCCGGGAGGGUUCUGAUCGGGCGCCGGACGCCUCCGCCGCGGCGGGCCCCGCGCCGGCUGCCAGUGAGGUGGACAUGGAGGCCGCGGAUACCGGCGGCGCGGUGGGGGAACCUGCCGCGGCGCGCGCGGCCAGUGAGGCGGAGGUGGGUGAAGGCGCCGCGGCGGAGCGUGCGCGUGACGCGGGGGCCUCGGCGUGCGAGCCGGGGGUGGAGGUUGAUGAGGGCGGAGAGCAGCCCGCGGAGCCUGUAGCAAACAUGAUGGAUGCGGGCGGUGCUGCGUUUGGAGGAGAAGGACACUCAAGUGUGGCUGCAGCGAAGGAGGUGGAUGAGGGCGGCAUUCAGGGGGCAGUGCAGGAUGUGGCUCCUGUGGUGUCUGAAGCGAAGAUGGAGGUGGAUGCGGGUGGCGCUGCUAACAAAGAGUGCUCCGCGGCUCCUACGGUGAGCGAGUUGUAUGUGGGGAUCCUUCCAGGGGCAGCGCAGGGUUUGGCUCCUGAGGUGUCUGAAGUGAAGAUGGAGGUGGAUGUGGGUGGUGCUGCAAGCAAAGAGAACUCUGCAGCUUCUACGGUGAGCGAGGUGAAUGUGGGGAGCCUUCCAGGGGCUGCGCAGGAUUUGGCUCCUGCAGCGUCUGAAGCGAAGAUGGAGGUGGAUGGCGGCUGCGCUCGGGAACAAGAGUGCACUGCAGCGGCUGUGGCAGGAGAGGUUCAGAUGGAGGAAGGUGAUGGCAGAGUGGUGAAUCAAGGGCCUGCAACAACACCUGCCGGGGGCCUUCAGUUGAAACAGGAGGUGGGGGGAUGCUUGGUGGGCCGCUACAUUGGCCGGAGCGUUCCGGGGCAUGCAAGGAUUCUUAUUGGGAAGGUUGCGUCCUAUGAUAGCGCAACUGGGGUCUACAGUGUGGUGUUUGAGGAUGGACACGGUGAGGAUCUGGGGCUUCCUCAGCUCCAGGAGUUUCUCAUGUCUGAUGAGAAUGGUGCAUUGGGCAUGAAGGUGAGCUGCAGGAAGAGGAAGCUAGACUUGCUGGUUUCAUCAGGGAGUGCCUUGGAGGUGAAAGAGCCAGCAAGUACUCGGCAGAGGGUUGAUGGAUGUGAGACAUCUGCCAGGUCUGAUGCACCGCAGAAUAGUGGAUCUGGCUCGGAUAUGUCCGAGGAUGUUGAAUCUUCGAGUAAUUCAUCGGAUUUCACUAAAGAAGAACCGUUUGAGCCAUGCCCUCCUGUACAGGCCGUGGAGUUGCCUACGUCAUCCGGAGACAUUCCUGUGCCAGAAGAGUCAAUAAGUUAUCUCUUUUCUGUUUAUAACUUCCUGCGAUCAUUCAGCGUGCGGCUGUUCCUGAGUCCAUUUGGGCUGGAUGAUUUUGUUGCAGCCAUUAAUUGCACUGUGCAGAAUAACUUGUUGGAUGCUGUACAUGUCUCACUAAUGCGGGCACUGAGGCGGCAUCUUGAAUCGAAAUCUGCUGAAGGAUCCCAGCUUGCUUCUAAUUGCUUGAAGUAUCUGGACUGGACAUUACUGGAUGCGUUGACUUGGCCAACUUUCUUACUAGAGUACCUGUAUGUGACGGGUUGCAUUAAGAAUCUAGGGGGGCGGAGUUUUGGUAGAAGCCUCCUAGCCACUGAAUACUAUAAACUUCCUGUUGCCAUGAAGCUGAGAGUGCUGCAAAUACUCUGUGAUCAUGUCAUUGAAUCAGAUGAACUCAAAACUGAACUGGAGGACCGAGAAGGCUACUAUGAGGAGCUGGAAUAUGAGAUGGAUUCUGGCGCCUUUUUGGAGGCUGGUUCAAGAGCAGUUUCGACUAGAGCCUCAAAGGGCUCUGCAUACAAAAGGAUGAAUGAUUUGCAGAACCUGGAAAGCGCUCCGAAUGACCCAGAAGUUGCUGUAGCAAACGCUUCUCAGGAUGGCAACAGUGAUGAUUGCCGAAUAUGUGGAAUGGAUGGGACUUUGGUAUGCUGCGAUGGCUGCCCAUGGGCAUAUCAUUCGAGAUGUAUUGGUCAAAACAAAGCCUUCCUUCCCCAGGGAGAGUGGUUUUGUCCAGAAUGUGUGGUUAACAAGCUUGGAUCAACUUCAUCAAGAAUUGAGCGUGGUGCAAGAGGAGCUCAAACAUUCGGCAUUGAUAUGUGCGGGAGGCUAUUCUUAGGAACCUGCAACUAUUUGCUGGUGAUCGAAACAUCUUCAGAUGCAGAGUCUUAUGCAAGAUAUUACAAUCAUUAUGAUGUUGUCAAGGUCCUCCAAAGACUUGCUCCCUCAGAUGCAUAUGUGGAUAUAUGCAGGCAAAUAGAGGAAUACUGGAAGCAUUUACUUGGUAUAGUUCAAAGUGAGAGAUCAAAAAUAGGUAAAGAAGUUGGUGUGAGCCAUACUCUACAAUCCAGUAUGUUGAGUUUUACUCCAAGAAAAGCAGAUGGAAGUGACUGGACAACAUUAAAAGAUGGUGGGGACAGUAAAACAGUAGCACUUCCUCAAACAAAUGUGCAGCAGAAACUUUUGGCUAAUGAGGAACAAAAAUGCAUGCCCAGCUUAGUUUCUGUCACCGAGAAGAACGCUGAAGUUUGCAAUCAACCUCUAUCAGUUCAGUACAACGCACAUAAUGCACCCAGAAAUGGAGCUUUUGGACCAUCUGCGGUAUCAUCAAUUUCUCAUCAGAAUGGAUCCGUUGUAACGGGUGUGUAUAAUAUAGCACAAGCACAACCAGCUCAGAGUAUAUCCCGUCCAGUCUUAUCCACCUAUGUUGGAAUUGAUUGCAUGCCUAGGGAAGGUGCCGUGAGCACCAUUUCUGCAAAGUGUCCAUCUUAUCAAGGUAAACAACACGUUCAGUUGUUUGCUGAAAGAUCUGGAAACAUGAGUGGUGGUAAGGCAGCAAAAUUGUCAUCUUUUAAACCACAGGCUUACAUGAACCUCUACAAUCAUGGCAACAUUGCAGCAUCUGCUGCUGCCAAUCUUGCUGUCAUUACAUCUGAUGAAGGUAAGGUUUCAGCAUCCAAGCUGACUGCAAACCCAAGGAAAAGAAUGGCUGCAGACAAUUCUCUCCAAUUGAAAGCAUUUUCCUCAGCAGCCGCACAGUUUGUUUGGCCGAGUACCGAAAAGAAGCUUAUGGAAGUUCCAAGAGAUAGGUGUGGUUGGUGCCUUGCUUGUAGAAGCUCAGCAAUUGGAAAUAAAAAGGCUUGUUUUCUUAACAUGGCCACUGCAAAUGCUGCUAAAGGGUCUGCUCGAAUUCUUAGUGCCAUGCGUGUAAUUAAAAGUUCGGAUAGCCAUUUCCCCAGUAUUGUUGCUUAUUUAGCCAACAUGGAGGAAAGUUUGCGCGGCCUAUUAGUUGGUUCACUACAGGACGUGCAGCAGAAAGAACGGUGGCAUCAACAACUACAAGAAGCUUCCAACUGCAGAACUGUAAUACCACUGUUGCUUGAGUUGGAAAGCAACAUCCGUGGAGUGGCAUUUUCUGCAAGCUGGUUGAAGCCAAUAGACGACUGGCCUGUUGAAUCUCCUGGUCUAUCAGCCGGAGCAUCUCGUCCUGCACAAUACCAAAAACGUGGGGCUGGUGGAAGACGUGGCAGAAAACGUUCGUUGGCAUCUGAAUCUGGUACUGCUACUGAUGAUGACAACAGCUGGACUUGGUGGAGUGGAGGAAAUAUUUCAAAACGUACUUUGCAGAGGGGGGCUUUUCUAUGUUCAACCAUAAGAAAAGCUGCCCGCCAAGGUGGUAAAAAGAGGAUAGCAGGUUUAUCUUACCAUGAAGGUUCCAAUUUUCCAAGACGAACUCGGCAAUUUGCUUGGAGAGCAUGUGUUGGACUAAGCCAGACUUCAUCUCAACUUGCUCUGCAGGUUAGAUAUCUUGAUGCCCACAUUAGAUGGAAGGAAUUCAUCCCUCCAGAUCAAAUUCCUUCAGAUGGAAAAAGUUCUGAUGCUGACUUUUCUGCCCUCAGAAAUGCUGUAAUCUGUGAUAAAAAAAUAAUUGACAAUAAGAUAAGAUACGCACUUAAGUUUCCCAACCAGAAGCAUCUUCCUGUGCGCGUGACAAAAAAUAUCUUGGAAGCAGAAGGCGAUCAGGAUGAAAAUAGCAAAUUGUGGUUUUCUGAAAACCAUGUGCCACUGUGCAUGUUGCGAGAAUUUGAGCAGAAUGCUGGGAGUAAAUCCUUGUCUACUCCAGGAAUUUCGAGCUCUAACUAUUUCACCAAUUUCUACCCAAGGCGAGGAAAAGCAUGUGCUGGAGAUGUGUUUUCUUAUCUCUUUCACAAGGGAGAGGUCUAUCCCUGCACCUCAUGCAAGAAGGAUGUUCUGUACAGGGAUAUUGUUAAAUGCGGUUCUUGUCAAGGUAAUUGUCAUAAAGAGUGUACAUCAAGAUCUAUUGUUAGCAAAGGAGGCAGUGCUACUUCGAAUUUGACAUGCAAGUUAUGCCUCCAGAAGCGGAAUCUUAUGCUUACAAGUUACAAUACAAAUGCAAGUUAUAUCCGGCCUCAACAGAAGAGUACUGGCCAGCAGCAAGUGACCGCUCCCAAAAUUGUCUUUAAGGUUGGUUCUUCCCAUUCUGCUGAACCUACCCUGAAAGUUGAAGCGCAGCCAGUCACAAAGGUUAAAGCUCAGCCAGCCACAAAGAUUGAAGCACAACCACUUGCGAAGGUGGAAGCUCAGCCAAUUAUGAAUAUGAAAUCACAGCCAAUCGCAAAGAUGGAAACCCAGCCACUCACGAAGGUGGAAGCCUUGCCAAUUACAAAUGUGACAACUCUGAAUGACACAAGUGUACAAGCUCAGCCAAAGACAAAAGCUAAGUCAAAGUCAGAAAAACCGAAGAAACCUAAAAAGGUUCAAGUGAUCACAUAUUUUGGUCUCGUAUGGAAGAAAAAUAAGAAUGACAAGGAUGAUGGAAGUGAUUUCAGGGCAAAUGAUGUAAUCCUUAAAAGUAAGGAUGGUAUUGGUUCGACAAUAAAACCAAUUUGUUGCCUCUGUAACAAAACUUAUUCUCCGGAUUUCCUUUAUGUACGCUGUGAGAGGUGUAGAAAUUGGUUUCAUGGUGAUGCCUUGCAACUUGAGGAUGAAAGGAUUGGUGAGUUGGUUGCAUACCGGUGCUGUAGGUGCCGAAGGAGAGCCAUACCCCAAUGUCCUCAUUCAGAUGAUUAUACAAAGCCUGAAGCAGAAUUUAGCGAACAAACAGUUGCUACAUCAUCACAGUCAACAAUGCUAUCUAGUGAGGAGACUUUUCCUUUAGCAGAUCAGGACCCACUGCUUGCUUCAUAUGGAAUUGUCGAACCGAUUAGGGAAGAAGUGGAUGCUGAUUUAUCAACUAACAUGGUAAGCUUUGCCCCAGGAAGCAACCAGAAGCUGUCAGUAAGAAGAGCACAAACUAAAAACUGUGAAUAUCUUGAUCAAGCUGGUAUACCUGUGAAUGAGUAUUAUAUCCAGAAUCAACCUCCUGGAAAUGGAAACAUCAGUUUCAGCAAUAUGAAUGAAUAUUCUUUUUCAGAAGCUGACAGCGUGGAUGCUUCAGAGUUAUUGGGGUGGGAUUUUUCCCAAGGAACUGCAUAUGCUGAUUCCACUGCUAAUCACCAAGCAAAUGACACUAGCUGUGGCAGCUUUGCAACGGACCAAUAUGAACCCCAGACUUAUUUUUCAUUCACCGAGCUGCUUGAAGCUGAUGAUACGCAGCUUGACAAUGCAUUUGGGAUGUCUACUGGUCUGCAAGACGAUGGCAACUGCACAGGAAACUUUGAUCAACAAGGAGCUGGUUUUGAUGAUAUGUCCUUUAUGAUAGAAGAUGGAGCUUCAAAUAUGAACUUCCCAACAGAUGAUCCCUCCCCUGCUGUGGUAGCAUGUCACAAGUGCCAGAACACUGAGCCACCACCCGAUCUCAAAUGUGCAGUCUGCGACCUGCACAUACAUCGGCAAUGCUCACCUUGGGAUGAAAAUGUGCUGCCUACUGCGAGGGGCGAUUGGAGUUGUGGUGCUUGUCGAGAAUGGCGAUGAUUAACUUCUGAACUUGAUUGCAUCUUUUGAGAGUGGCAGCCUCAGCUGAGAUAGCAGGUGGAAGGUAUAUUGUCAAAGUGCACCACUGAUCUGGAUGAAAAUUGUCCAUCAAGCUGUUAUGAUGCACUGCUACUGAUUGUUCGGAUGCGGUUUGUUAUUUGACAAAAAAAAAAAUUAACGACCAUACAGUUAGACUACUAGACUAGCAAUGACUGCUGCGGAGUUUACACUGUACAUACUAAAGGAUGGGUCGCCAGAGCCCAUUUUCCAUUCUUUAGAGUUUAGAGUGUUUAUUUUUGGGUAGUUUUAGAGCUAGGAGGUGCUGUUAGCAACGUGGUAUAUGGUUCAGGGAAACCAUAAUCAUGUAAUUGUAUUAUACCUUGCAUUGUUUCCUCGUCUUUUUGGAUAGAAGUGCCUCUUCGUGGGGAGAGGCCUUUGUCGGAGUGGCCUUUCUCAGUAGAAGUGCUUAUUAUUGCCCAUGUGACCGUCAGCAUGGUGCUGCGACCGUGCGUUAAAUGAAUUUUGAGAAGAUAGCACUUGUACUC